UAUCUGUCAUAUAAAACGUCGCCAAAAAAUAGAGAGAAAAAUCUGAACAGCACUCCGUCGUGUCAGUCCGAAAAAAGGAGCAUCCUUGUAUGGAACAAAUGGCAUAUUUUCAAAAGAAAGAAAGAUUCAAGUGGCUACCUUGCGAAUAAGGUUCAAUAAUUACACAAGUUGGUCCUAGCUUUGAUUCGGUUCUGUGUCCUGGUGUGAACGAUACUCGGAAAAUCCGAUAAUAAGGUGGAAAAUUUCAUUGAUGAAAACCUGAUAACGUGUUGACUAUAAGCGUGACCUGCCCAGUAGAAGUGCUAUUUGAGAUUCUGUAAAAAUAGGAUGUAGGCUGCUCUAUCCAGUUGAUAAAUCAGUGAGCAUAGUUCAGCAGCAUCACAAUUCCAUCGAAUUGUACACCAUCUGUCCCAGUGGCCAUUUGAAAUCAAGACAACAAAACCCUUUACCAAAUACCUAAUGCAAAAAAUGUUCCAUAAUCGAUAAGCUUUGGACCCGUAUGGUGUUCUUCAGAUGUGAAAAAAAAAUCGGAAGCUCGCUGUCGCGCAACUAAUUAGGUUCGAUUAUUUUGUCCACAAAGAGCGGCGACGACGACGAUUGAAGACGAAAUUUGUUUUCGCCAACCACAUAGAAAGAAGAACGAAAAGUUAAGCCCAGUCGUGAGACGAAGGAGGCAAGUGAAGGUCGUUUCAGGAGGAAUUCAACUGCGGAGAAAGCGGGUUGCAAAAAUCUGUUUUGGGUUUUGUGUGAUCCGCCUGUGUAAAGAAACAAUCAGUUCCGGAAAUGUUUUCGACGAUAUCCCGACCACAAACGGCACGGGGAUCGAAGUCCCUAAACAUAGCUUAUCAUCAUCGUCACCUGAUUUCGAUGUAACAACGCUGUAGAUUCCUUGUUUAUUCUAAUUUUAUUACCCGUAGUGCUUUUUGAUUAUUUAAAAAAAAUUGCGUUAUUCAUCCACUUGACUGCAACACGUUGAAGUUCCCUGCCGAAGGACUUCGUCAAUUGAUACGUUUGUUUGGCAUAGUUUGUUGAUUAUUGUUUUCGAUGAUAGUGCAAAAAAUAAUGCUAUAAUUGUCGGCAUUGUAAUAAGCUGGUAGUGACGGGAUUUGUUCCAAAGUUAAGCUGCAACUUCGUUGAAAACUUCAACAACUCGUCAAAAUGAGAGUGGUAGCCCUGGUUAGUGGGGGCAAGGAUAGCACCUACAACAUGAUGCAGGUGACAGCUGAAGGCCACCAGGUGAUAGCGCUGGCCAAUUUGCAUCCUAAGGACAAAGAUGAACUGGACAGCUACAUGUACCAAACGGUCGGCCACCAGGGCAUUGAGAAGCUGGCCCAGGCCAUGGAGCUACCCCUGUAUCGGCGAAUCACGCGAGGAAACUCGAUCAACACCAAGGGCAACUACGAACCGACCGAAGACGACGAGGUGGAAGAUUUGUACGAGCUGCUCCGUCAGGUGAAGGAAGAGCAAAACGUGGAAGCCGUGGCCGUUGGCGCUAUCCUAUCCGACUAUCAGCGUGUGCGGGUCGAGAAUGUGUGCAAACGGUUGGAGCUGAUCUCGCUGGCCUAUCUGUGGCGCCGUGACCAGACGGAGCUGCUUCAGGAGAUGAUCGACUGCCAGGUGCAUGCAAUCAUCAUCAAGGUAGCCGCCCUAGGGUUGAUACCGGAUCGUCAUCUAGGAAAGUCGCUCAAGGAAAUGCAACCUCAUCUGCUAAACAUGAAGGAAAAGUACGGGUUGAACGUGUGCGGUGAGGGUGGUGAAUAUGAAACGUUCACCCUGGAUUGUCCGCUGUUCCGGAGUCGAAUCGUCGUGGACGACGUUCAAACCGUGAUCAGUUCGGCCGAUCCGGUAUGUCCGGUGGGUUAUCUGAACUUUACUAAGCUGCGUUUGGUGCCAAAGGAACGGCAGGAAGGAGUGCUCGUGAAAAAUUCUCUCGAUUUUAUUGCCGAUUUGAACGAAAGCAGUUACAGCGAUCUCAGUGAUCCCGAUCUGAGCGAAACGGAGCUGGAAAUGAUCGAAAAGGCCAACAACGCACGGGUUGUGGCGAUGAGAAAUUCUUUCAGCAAAGACGAUCUCAGCGGAAUGGAGAGUGGCGGCGGAGGCGGAAUUUCGCGUAGCAAUAGCAUUACCAAAGAUAUUUCCACGGAACCGGCACUGCCGAAAUCACCCGUCAGGAUAAUUGCCAGGGAGUUGAGCAUGGAUGUUGAUGGUGGAGCUGACAGCAGUGGGAGCGGAGGAACGCUGGCGUUUGAGCGUGAACGCCAACCGCUGGGCAAUCGACCGAGGGCAAUGGUUAACUCGAAAGGUUGGAUGUGGGUGGCCGGCGUUCAAGGCGUCGCAGAAUCAUCUAGUCAAGCGAUGGAGAUUGCUCUGAAAACUUUAGAAGAACUUUUGAUGUCACAUUCGUUUACGCUUCGCCAAAUCUGCUACAUAACUUUAUACGUACGGGAUAUGAAAGACUAUUCUAUGCUUAACAAAGUUUAUUCCGAUAUGUUCAAUUUCACCAACCCACCCACAAGGGUAUGCGUAGAAUGUCCCCUUCCGGAAAAUUGUCACGUUGUCUUGGAGGCCGUGGCUUUCAACCCCGAAAAGUCAAUCGUCGAGUUGGAACAUAAAAGACACACCAUGCAUGUUCAGGGCAUAUCUCACUGGGCGCCGGCCAACAUUGGAACUUAUAGUCAAUCGACCAAGAUUGGCAACAUAACCUACAUUUCCGGCCAGAUUGCGCUGAUCCCGGGCAGUAUGACCAUCAUCGAGGGCGGCAUUCGACAGCAGACUAAGCUCACUCUGAGGCACCUCAGCCGGAUAGCCAAAGCAAUGAACGCUCAGGGAUUGUUGAGGGACGUCGUUCAGGGUAUAUGCUUCGUCACCCACCCAAGCUACAUCUACGAAGCGAGACGCCAGUGGGAGAGACGUUCGGCCAAUGCGAUCAUGGAUUAUCUCGUAGUUCCAGCCCUACCCCGGGGUGCACUCAUCGAGUGGCAAGUCUGGGCACACACGCACAACGAUAAAUUUGAUUAUGAAGAAACGGGUUGCUCUAUUGGCGAUUAUACCAUAUCGAUACGGCGGCGUUGGAACUACGAGAACAACUGUGCUUCAGUCGUCUGUUACGUCUCUACCGGCCUAGCCACCUCAACGACCAAACUAACGGAACUGAGUGACGAUUUUAUGCUGCACCACAAACAGCUAGCCCAGUCUAUCAGCAGAGAACAGAUACAUGACACUAUCGCCUACGUGUUACGAAAGCUACUGCAAGACUACCCUUUAGGAAACAGCCCGUCGAACGAGUCCUGUUCAUCGUCAUCGGAAGAACAUCCGAACCAGUCCCAGCAGCACAUGAAUGACAACCAUAACCAACAUCAUCAUCAUCACCACCGACCGGCCAAAAAUGGAAGUAACAGCCAACAACCAGCAGCGGAACCAUGCAAGCCGACCGUUCAUUUGCGCUUCUUCUAUCAGGUGGCGGCCAUAGAAUCGGUUCAAUCGUUAGUGGAUGCCAUCGAAAGUUUUCUCAGCUCACCGUCCAAUGUGGCCCGGAUCGCCUACACCGUGGUUCCGGCAUGCCAUUUACAAAACUUUAGCACAUUUAUUUCGAUAUGUGGACUGCGGCACCACGAAUAGAGAAAGAGAUGAAGUUGACCAAGCGAACCGCGCGCGUGCUUUAAUCUUACACAUACACACUUGUUAGCAGAUAAGUUUGAAAUUUUUGAAAACGAAUUAGACCUAUCUUCCUUUUUCAAAAAAAAACAGAAUUCAAUAUUUAUCAAAUUUUUUCAAAAUCUGGUUCUAAUGUGUGAUUAAGCUAAUGUGUGGUAACGUGAAAUGAUAUUUUGUCUGCUUCUGCCGAAAUCGAUUUUAAAAACACAUUUACGAGAGGACGAAAAUUCUUAGGGAAAGCCAACAGCAGCAGCAGUUUUUGUCCAAUGGGGUUAUUAUUUAUACGGUAUAUAUAGAAAUGUUUAGAGUAAAACCUACGCACUCCUUACAAAGGAAAACAAAACUCAAGUUUAAUUGUAAAGUAUAUUGAAUGUUGAUUAAGUAACAAAAAACAAAAUCGAACCAAUACCAGUAAAGACAAAAACCAAA